AUGGCGUGGCGAUCACCAUUGCCUUCCUCAUUGUCGCCUUCAGCGCUGGUGGGAGGAUUGUCUUCUCCUCUCCUACCUGCUCCACUCCCGUGCAUCUUCCCCCCUGCUCCUCGCGAAAGCGCGUGCUCCCGCGACGAGAUGGCCGAUGCCUUCCUCGAGGUGCGCCGGGGAAGAGGGGAGAGGUGGGCGCGGGGGAUGGGAGAUGUGGGGGCAGCGAAAGGGUUGGGAGAGGGGAGGGUGGGGGGGGAAGAGGGCAUGGAGAACGAAAGCGGGUGCUCUCAAGACGAGAUUGCCGACGCCUUCCUCGAGGCGCGCCGGGGAAGAGGGGAGAGGCGCGCGGGGAGAGUUGUGGGGAGGGCGGGGACAGCAGACCGCAUGGAGACAUCUCAAAGCAUCCCCUCGUUUACCUUCCCCCCUGUGCCCUUUCCUCCCCUCUCCUCCCCUUGCCAGGUGUGUGAGGACCGCGUACCAGCAGUAGCAGACCGCAUGGUGUAUGAAGACCGUGUACUACCAGCAGACCACAAGCUGGCGCAGGACAUGCGCGAGAGGACCGUGGAUGCACCGGCGGGAGGAGGCAGCCUUGGAGGAGGCGUUGGGAUCCGGCUGGCAGUGCAAGUUGCUGUUCGCGCGGAUCACCGACUGGCUGGUGGCAGCGCACAGGCCAGCCGCCCUGCCAUCAGGUGUGAGUGCGUCCACCAGCAUGUGCGGAGCGCAAGGGCUUAUGAACGGUCAGAAAAAGACACAGCCUGUUCGGGCAAGGGGGGACCAAGAGGGGGCGUGCGUCUGGUCUGGCGGGGUCAGGUAGGUGCAGGACCUGCAGCGGGUAGGCUGGCUGCAGCAGCCGGGCGGGUGUCAGGAGCCGGGUGGGCACGCUGGGCCUGA